AGAACUGACCCAAUUUCGAUACUCGGUCCAAUGUGACACGUGUCUGUUAUAUUUAGUUGUAAAUUGCCGAUCGUCAUUUUAAUCGUAGACUUAUUAAGAGAGGCAUCAUGAACGCAUUAAUAUUUUUGAUGACUCUUGGUCUGACCGGCGCAGUACCGUCUGCCAGAGCUUUCAGAGCUAUUGAGUGUGGUUCGCAAUUAUUUCUGACUGACAACAAUGGGCAGUUCUCCAGUCAUACCGGAAUGAACAAUGGUCACAAUUAUGGAAAGAACCUCAACUGCAUCUGGCGAGUGCAAGCCCCAGAAGGCCUGAAAGUUGAACUUGUUGCCAAGUCUUUCAACCUAGAGUCUGAUCCUUCCUGUUCGUAUGACUUCGUGGAACUUUUCGACGGUGACAGCAUCAAUGCUCCGAGUCUUGGCAAGUUCUGUGGCAGCGUGUUCAAUCCGAUCACCUCCAAUCAGAGAUAUAUGACAAUCAACUUUAUUACUGACGACAACGAACAACACACCGGCUUCACCAUGUUCUACAACUUUACCUCUCAAGUAAUCCAUCAGUGUCUUAACAGCCAGUUUAAAUGUACCAAUGGUCGAUGCAUCGACGACAGCUACAAAUGCGAUGGAGACGAUGACUGUUUGGAUGACAGUGAUGAACAGAACUGUCCAGCGGGAGUAGGAGGAGGGGGAGGCACUGGAAGGUGUGCGGCGGACGAGUUCAAAUGCCCAGAUGGUAGCUGCAUAGACAAAGACUGGCUAUGUGAUGGUGAUGACGAUUGUGUGGACGGUACGGAUGAAAACACACAGCACUGUCCGAUAUUCGGCAAAUAACGUGGUUUAUAUGAACUGCUUGAAAUAUUUUGUUCCAACGAUAUACGUUGAAGUAAAAAUUAAAUUUC